UAAGAACAUUCUUGAAUGUCAAUAAGCAGCUGUAAGAAGCGGUUUUGAGUAUGUUCGUAUACAAUAUUUGAAUAUUAUUUAAACUUACUGCGAUUCUGAUAUCGUUGCAAGACUGUCACCUCUCUAGAACAGAAGGGGAACCCAAACUGUGCUUUUUGACGGUGGUUGUCACGGCUGCUAACGUUAAUUUAGGAAUGUUCAAAUGUCAGCCGACCAGGAAGCUCAAGAGGAUGAACUGCUUGCUCUAGCGAGCAUAUACGAUGAGGAGGAGUUUCGCAGGGCCGAAUCGGGGAAGGAGGGCGAGAUUCAUCUGUGCCUGGAGCUUCCUCCUAACUUCAAACUGCUAGUCAAGGGACAGAAUUCCACAGAGCAUAAUAUAUCAUUUCUACCUCCGCUGGUCCUGAGUUUUGAAUUCCCCACCGACUACCCUUCAGCAUCAGCUCCAGUUUUUACUAUAAGCUCCAAAUGGCUUACAAGAGUCCAGAUCACUGCACUUUGCAGGAGACUGGACGAGCUUUGGGAGGAGAACCAGGGCAACGUUGUUCUUUUUACCUGGAUGCAGUUCCUAAAGGAAGAGACUUUGGAAUUCCUGGGAAUCCAGUCACCGCUGGAAAUCCAAAGCACUGAGAGUGAAUCUGGUCAAAAACAUGCCGUAGACGUGUCUGCAGAAAAGAGUAAAGCGCAAGAUUUAGACCCAAGAGCCGUGCAAGAAGUGGACUCUGGCACAGAUAUACUAACUCAGCUGCUGGAUUUUGACGAAGCUCAGAAGCAGAAGGUGUUUGACGGAAAGGUGUUCUGCUGCGGCAUCUGUUACUCCGAGAAGCUGGGAUCCGACUCUUUGCUCUUCAAAGAGUGUCAGCAUGUUUACUGCAAGGCCUGCAUGAAGGAAUACUUCGAGAUCCAGAUUAGAGAUGGAAAAGUCCAGUGCCUUAACUGCCCUGAGCCAAAGUGUAUGUCCAUGGCCACUCCGACACAGGUGAAACUUCUCGUGGGUGAAGAUGAGUUUGCCCGCUACGAUCGUCUGCUGCUGCAGUCGAGUCUGGACCUGAUGGCGGAUGUGGUGUAUUGUCCCCGCAUGAGCUGCUGUAUGGCGGUGAUGGUGGAGCCCGACUCCACCAUGGGCAUCUGUCCCGCCUGCCGAUAUGCCUUCUGUACGCUCUGUAAGCGGAGCUACCACGGCCUCUCUCACUGCAUAGCCACCGCUGAUGAGCUUCGUAGUUUGCGGGAUGAGUAUAUGUCUACGAGUGACGAGGGGAAGAAGUUCCUCGAGAAGCGUUUUGGCAGACGGGUCAUUCAGAAGGCGGUGGAGGAGUCUUUCAGCACAGACUGGCUGAAGGAUAACUGCAAACAAUGCCCUUGCUGUGGCACUAAUAUACAGAAGGUGCACGGCUGUAAUAAGAUGACCUGUUCAUCCUGUCAGAAGUAUUUCUGCUGGAUUUGUCUGGGAGCUCUCAGCAGGGUGAAUCCCUACAGCCACUUCAACAACCCCAACUCGCCGUGCUUUAACCAAUUGUUUCAAGGAGUGGAAAUGGAUGAGGAAGAAGGCUUUGGGAGCGAUGAAGAUGAGUGAUCUGUUACAUUAUCCAGGCAGUGUUUUCGUGCGCAUCAAUGGACUAGACCAGAACCAAAUACCAAGACCCGACUAUAGCGUAUCAAGCAUCUCUCCUCCAAAUUUAGUUGCACUUUUUAACAUUUUUUUAAAAUUUGCCCUUUUUUGCAUUUCAGUUUCACACAAUCCAAAUUCAUGAGUUCACAAUGUGUGUGUGAUGUGCAUACAAGCGUCCUUUCAAAUUUAGUUUUAUUGAAGAUUGUAAACAUUUUCACUGCUAGCAGACGUGCGUGCUAAAUUACAGAAUAUAUCCUGUAUCUUUAGUUUAUAAAUCCACUUCCUUUGCUGUGAUUGUAUUUUAAUAACAUUUAUUGUUUAUACAGAUAUCCUCACCGGUUAUUGUUAAUAAUGUACAUGUAAUCUUUUUGACAAAUGUUGGAUGGACUUGGCAGUGAAAUAAAUGUUAAAUAAGU